GUGCGGGAGGCGCGGGCGGGAGGCGGCGGUGGCGGUGCCAAUAAUAGCGGCAAUAGGGGUAACGGCGGCGAUAGCACCGGCCGUGGGUGUUGUUGCUGCUAUUCGGGACUAGCGUCCCACGUUCUUCCCUAGCCCCGUGGCCAGGACUCUGCCGACAUGAGCGACGUGGAGGAGAACAACUUCGAGGGGAGGGAGUCUCGCUCCCAGUCAAAAUCUCCAGCUGGGAGUCCUGCUCGUGUAAAAUCAGAGAGCAGGUCAGGAUCUCGCAGUCCAUCGAGGGCUUCCAAACACUCUGAAUCACACUCUAGGUCAAGAUCAAAAUCAAGAUCCAGGUCCAGAAGACAUUCACACAGACGUUACACUCGCUCCAGAUCCCAUUCUCAUUCCCAUAGGAGACGUUCUCGAAGCAGAUCAUACACACCAGAAUACCGACGUCGAAGGAGCCGUAGUCACUCUCCCAUGUCCAACAGGAGAAGGCACACUGGCAGCAGAGCUAAUCCAGAUCCUAACACCUGUCUUGGAGUGUUUGGUCUCAGUUUGUACACUACGGAGAGAGAUUUACGUGAAGUCUUCUCCCGUUACGGACCUUUGACUGGUGUCAAUGUGGUUUAUGAUCAACGGACUGGACGAUCAAGAGGAUUUGCUUUUGUUUAUUUUGAGAGGAUUGAUGAUUCUAAAGAGGCGAUGGAGCAUGCAAAUGGAAUGGAGCUGGAUGGCAGGAGGAUUCGAGUCGAUUACUCAAUCACCAAGAGAGCACAUACACCCACCCCAGGCAUCUACAUGGGCAGGCCAACACACAGUGGAGGAGGUGGUGGCGGUGGAGCAGGUCGUCGCCGGGACUCAUAUUAUGAUAGGGGGUAUGACAGAGGAUAUGACAGAUAUGAAGAAUAUGACUACAGAUACAGGAGACGAUCACCAUCACCUUAUUAUAGUCGAUACCGAUCGCGAUCAAGAUCCCGUUCCUAUAGUCCAAGGCGCUACUGAAGAUCAUAAGAGCUACACUUGAGGACUUGAUUUUUAAAUACAAAGUUUGGAUCUUUAGCUUUCCCCUUCCAUCUUCCCUUUCUUGUCCUCCUUACAGCUCUUUCACAAGUCUUUGGUUCAUUUAGAAUAUACAUAUUUUCAGUUGAAGUAUUCCUAUUUUCCAUCCCUUCUUAUUGUAAUACUCUUAAAUAUUGUAAUUGUUGUAGUUUUUGUGUAGUAAAACAUCUUGAGCAAAAAAAUAGAGAACCCCAAAGUGCUGAUACAAUUUGGAAGUCAUUCCUAUUUCGUUUCUAAAACAGUUGGACUCCUGACUAAUCAGAAGAGAGCAUUGAUAUUUUUGAAGCUUGCAUGUCAUAUGUAGUACACACACUCGGAUACUUUAACAUAAACCUGCAUUUCCAAGUAACUUGUUAAUCUUUCUGUUAAAAUGUUUACCUAUUACUUUCAUAAACAAGUAAUGACUUUGAGACUUUUCUGUAAUGAUAAAUUAGCUUAGAUAGUCAUAAACCAGAGGAUUUUUUUAAUUUUUUUUUUUUGUGUGUCUGGUAGUUGCUUUGAGAGUAGACUAUUUGAGCUAGAUCAGAAUUUGGUAUUUGACUGACUGGGAGAAUAGAUCCUUGUACACUCAAAAUUGAGGCUAUGUGUUUUAUAGAAAAAUGUUUCUGGGUUGCUACACAGUGGAUAACAGAUGAAAUUGAAGUUGUUAAAUUCCUGGGGUCUUUGUGGUACUUGGUUGAAUAUUUCCCUUUAAUUGGUGCAGCAGAAAGAAUAUUUAUUGAACAUAGCAAUUAGUUAUAUAAUUUGCUGUUCAUGAAAGAUGAAAUCGCCAACUUUUUGGUAUUGAAAUAAUGAUGGAGCAAGUUCUGUUUCCAGCCCUUUUUGAACUUUUGGAAGUAUUAAUGGAAAAACCUACAGCUACAUGUAAUCCUUAUUUUUUUUUUCCCCCUCAAUAAAAUUAAGUCCACUGAUAAUGCGAUUUCUUGUC